GUAGUGUGGGGAGGGAACCCGUUGGUGGCAGCGUCAUGGCGCGCCUGCUGCGAGCAUUGCGGGGCCUGCCCUUGCUGGAGGUGCCUGGGCGGCCCGCUCGGGCUUGUGCGGGGUCGGGACACGGGGACUCAGGGUCCCUUACAAAGUCCAAGCUCUCUCUCAGCAAGACUGACUGGCAGAGGAAACUGACCCCCGAGCAGUUCUAUGUCACCAGAGAGAAGGGAACUGAAGCGCCUUUCAGUGGGAUGUACUUGAACAACAAGGAGACAGGGAUGUACCAUUGUGUGUGCUGUGAUAGCCCACUCUUCAGUUCCGAGAAGAAGUACUGCUCUGGCACUGGCUGGCCUUCGUUUUCUGAGGCUCACGGCACAACAGGCUCAGAUGAAAGUCAUUCAGGGAUCCUGAGACGCCUGGACAGUUCCUUAGGAUGUGCUCGCGUGGAGGUAGUCUGCAAGCAGUGUGAUGCUCACCUCGGUCAUGUGUUUCCCGAUGGACCCGAGCCCACUGGCCAAAGGUUUUGCAUCAACAGUGUGGCCCUGAAGUUCAAACCAAGCAAGCACUGACCAUCUCCAGGAGGCCCGUGCUUUGCCCUCCACCUUGCAGAACCUUGUUUCCGAAUUCAGAUGGACGCCUUGUUUCGUUCACAAUACAUUUAGGCUAAGGUUGUUACUGGCUGCACGGGAGCCACAGCUUCUUAGUCACCUGAACUCAACUCAACCCCAACUUCCUCUUGAGCUGUGGAAUUUCACAACAACGAAAGGCAGUCCAUUCUUCAACUGGCUUCCAAGGCUUCGGGUGGGACCUUUGCAGGAUUUGAACAGGUUCGUGGGCUGACAAGAGUUGCCAGCACCUGAAGUGACCUGAAUUGGUCGUCACAGUUAAUUCCUUCUUGGACGUCUACAGGUGAGGGUUCAUGGGGGAGAGAAAGGGAAGGAUGGCAUGGAUGAGAUCCCAGUGCUGAGAAGGAUGACGGGAGUGGCCGAGCAUGGGAAUCAGGUGCAGUGGUGGGUGAGAUUUGUGGUUUCCUGUCAAGAAUCUCACCGACUCAAACAUUCGACUUCCAACCUUCCAACCCACAAGUGGGAUCCGUGUGAGUGGAGUCAACUUCAAGGAACAAUGUUUUCCCUCAACUUUGUGCUACAACACUAACCUUCAAAAUACUCAAAUAAAAUAUUGAGAUUGAUGUUCA